GCUGGGGGCGGGAUCCUGGGAGCAGGGAGGCUGCUGCCCGUGGACUUGGAGAACCUGUCCCCUCGGUGCCCUGGCCGCUCCCCAGCCCCUACGUGUCCAUGCUUCCGUCAGGCUGUCUCCUCUCUCUGCAUUUCUCAUUACCGCAGCCUCUUCUCCACUUCACAAUUAUCUCUUGGCUUCGCUCAUUCUCCUCUGUGGUUGCUUGAUAAAAAUAGUCAACCCCACGUCCUCCUCCUGGAGCCUGGGCUUCACGGAUGGUCCACUUUUCCAGCCUUUGCCACUUUCACCGUGAAGCAUCUUUUGCGAGUGUUCAGACCCCUCUGUGUGGGGCCUGGUGCAGCUCCCUCAAUGCCAACAAGCCAUGUCCCAAGAUGUUCGAUGCGCAGCUAGGAUCUUGGCUUUCUUCAGAACCCUGGAGAUGAAGGGCCUCCUCAUGCUGGCUUGGUUCCUGGCUUGUAGUGUGCCUGCUGUCCCAGGGAGCUUGCUGGACCUGAAGUCGAUGAUUGAGAAGGUGACUGGAAAGCCCGCCCUGAAGUACUAUGGCUUCUACGGCUGUUACUGUGGCUGGGGGGGUCACGGCACCCCCAAGGAUGGGACUGAUUGGUGCUGUUGGAAGCAUGACCGCUGCUACGCCCAGAUGGAGACACAAGACUGCGACGUCUUGACACAGGCCUACAGAUACAGGGUUGCAUGGGGCUUCAUCAUCUGCGAACACGGGUCCCGCUGCCAGCAGCAGCUCUGCGCCUGCGAUCAGAAAUUCGUCUACUGCCUGGAAAGAAACAUGAGGAGCUACAACCCUCUUUAUCAAUACUUUCCCAACUUCCUCUGCACCUAGUCGCCCUCAGAGAGCUCCUCCUGGGCCAGGAAGCUUGCUCUCCUCACUACAGCAUGGAGCUCACCUGCUCUGUUGGGCUUCCCAGGGAGGUUCCAGGUCUGGAGUCUCAAUGGUCCCACUGGGCUUGGAGGACCCCCACACCCACACUUCAGCCACCAGAGAGUCCCAGGAGAGUGACUCAUGUCACUGGAUCAAGAAGGCCAGGGCCUUCUUGCAAGAAUGCCUGCUCUGGUGCUGAAAGCUCACCCCUGACUCCAGGCCAGCAGUCUGCCUCCUCAUCCCUGAAGAUCAGUCUUAUUUCCCCAGGAGGGUGGCUUUCCUGGGAUGUGUUAACUUUUCAGUUCCGCAGUCACUGCGGAAUUUUUACUCAAGUAGAAUCAAAAGUGAUUCCCAUAAUUCUGCUACAGGGAUAUUAAAUAAAAUUCCUUUUCAAGACUAACAAUAACCACAGAUAUUUCCCCCGCCGUGGGGGAUUGCCUGCAUAUCUUUCUUGGCUGUUGGGGGCAAUAGACUCAGCGUUAACCAUGCUCUCCCGGAGGAUAAAAGUGCAGAUUAGUGACUAGAAGGCUUCCUGGGAUGGGAAGGAUUGGGAUGAGUGCCAAACCUUCUCUGGGGCUCAUAUUAAACCUCGGGGAUCCUCUCGAGCCAAGCACUGGACCUCAUUCUUCCUCUGGAGGGUGGGGAGAAGAUGACCGACAACCGUGCCAUGGUGGGCUUCCAGCCAGAGAGCGCCUCAUUUGAAUACCAGCUUGGCUUCUCCAGCUGUGUGGUUUCAGGCUCAUUACUCAACCUCUCUGAUUUCUGGUCUUUUUUUUAAAAGAAAUUAUAAUGUUUCUUAUGUUGUAAAUUGGGAACCCCAAAGCUAUCUUGAUGCACCUGGGAAUGCUGAGGUUCUGGGAUUUCCCAGAGCAAGACAUUAAAAAAUUAAGAGUUUUUUUUUUUUAAUUUAUUGUGGGUUUGACCUUUGUUGGCAAAGUGAUGUCUCUGCUUUUUAAUACGCUGUCUAGGUUAGUCAUAGCUUUGGCAACUAGACACCGGAUUCUAGUCUGACUUUGCAUAUAUCCUGGGUGCCCUUGGGCAGGCCUCUUGACCUUCCUGAUCUCAGCUUUCCAAGUGCAGGUCUGAGAGAUCAUUUUAAUCAUAGCCGCACUCCGUUGGUGGGUGGUGACAUGCGUUUAGAGGGUUGCAUCUGGCUUGUGCAUGUGUGUGUGUGUGUGCACGCUUGUGUCAAUAAAGCAUAAGUCAUAAAGUGCUGCGU